CCGGCCUCCCGAAUCCCCUGGGGCUCCUGCUCCUCCAUCUGUGGGAUUCCUCCUGCUCCUAGAGAUUGCAAGUCAGAUCAGGCUACCGGUCCGCCGUCCGCCGGAUCCCUUUGAUUCUCCGCCCGAUUCCGAUUCCACCCAUACCCUUUCUGGGUUUUGGGUUUGGGUUUGGGUUUGGGCCGGGGUCGGGACCGGCAGCCGGAACUGUGAGAGAAGCGUCCCGAUCCCGACGAGGUCAGUCAAUCCUGAGAAAUUGGAUUGGGGAUCGCAUCGCAUCCAAAUCCGAUACACAACAAGCCAAGCGAGAGGCCGCCUGCCCACCUUCCGGCGCGGCGACAUGAAGAAGAUCUUCGGCGCCAAGAAGAACAAGGACCCGCCGCCCACCAUCCAGGACGCAACCGACAGAAUCACCAAGCGCGGCGACACCGUCGAUGAAAAGAUCAAGAAGCUCGACGCUGAGCUCGCGCGCUACAAGGAGCAGAUCAAGAAGACGCGCCCAGGCCCCGCGCAGGAAGCCGUCAAGGCACGAGCCAUGAGGGUCCUCAAGCAGCGCAGGAUGUACGAGGGGCAGCGUGAUAUGCUCUACAACCAAACAUAUAACCUUGACCAAGUUGCUUUUGCCGCAGAGGGACUUAAAGAUGCACAGCAAACUAUGACUGCAAUGAAGGCUGCCAAUAAAGAGCUCAAAGGGAUGAUGAAAACUGUCAAGCUCGAAGAUAUUGAUAGCAUGCAAGAUGAGAUGAUGGAUCUUAUGGAUGUGAGCAACGAAAUACAAGAAACUCUUGGCAGAAGCUACAAUGUUCCUGAUGACAUCGAUGAGGAAGAACUUAUGGGAGAGCUCGAUGCUUUGGAAGCUGACAUGGACUUUGAAUCAGAGUCAGUCCCAUCUUACCUCCAACCAGACCAAGAAUCUGAACUCAACUUGCCUGCUGCACCAACUGGCCAUGCAGCAGUCCCAGCAAAUCAGCAGCAGGAGGAUGAGCUAGGGUUGCCGACAGUACCACAAGCUUCCAUUCGUACCUAGUUAAACAGAAUCACGUUUCUUGGAGUGAAUGAUGUAAAGAGAGUCGUAUGAUAUCUACAAUUGGAUGUAAAAUGUUCUUAUGUACCGCACCACUGAUUUUUUUGCCACUUCACUUGUGGACGGUGUAAAUGUGAUUGAAUUGAAUUGGUUGGGACAUAAUAAGAUCCUCCUUGUAUUUGGUGGUGGAGGGCUGUGCUCUGCCCUACAUGGUUGUACAUACAUAUGAGGAUCUGUUGGCAUCCAUUUUGCUUUUCAUGCUGUGCAUUGUCUGCACUGAUUGGGUUUAGCGAAGUACAAUAUGAUUUGUUGUACAUGUACAGCAUAUGACAAUGCCUGUUCAAAAGUUUAGCA